CCCAGUUAGACGCUUCACGAUAGAAAUAGAAGAAACUAUACAAAAUCGAAACCCUACUUGGAUAAGCUAGGCGCCUUAGCUCCAGCACCGCAACUCCAUCGCCGCUUCUCCUCCUCCAUCGCCCUGUUCCGAAGAAGAUAGAGCUAGACGCAGCAGCUCCACCACCACCGUUGUUCCGACGAAGACCGAUCUACACGCCGCAGCUCCCCCACCACCGUUGUUCCAUGGUGUUACCCCACCCCACGGCCACCCUACUCUUUCUUACAUCCUUAGGCGCUCUAUCACAUACAACCGUUCCCCAACAUCUUGAGUCAAUCAUCCUCCACCACAUCUAGGUAAAAAUCUCACUUUUGAUGUCCCUAAUACUCAUCUAUUGAGAAGAAAAUGGAUAUCAUAUGCCGGUAAUCGGUGGACAGGAUUCAAGACGUUCUUGACAUCAUAUUACAUAUUUGGCAAUUGAUCUGGAGAAAACCCCACAGAAAAGUGUCAAUGGAUAGGUGUUGAGACUUGGCAACAGUUUGUUCAGAGUAGAAAAGACCCAAUUUUUCUGGAGCACAAGAAAAAGGAACAAGAAAUCCAAGCUCAUAAUGACUCUCCUCACAUAUUGUCUCGGGGUGGAUAUGAGUUAGAGAAAACACUCAUGGUUGAAAAAACAAAAGAGUGUGAAGAAGCUUCUCAGGCAAAUCCUUCAUUGGGGUUGAGAGAUCCUUCUCCCAUACCCCGUUAUAUGAAAUGGAAGUGAGGUCGAAUCAGAUGAACAUGCAAGUAUACAUCAAAGAGGUCUCGCCCAAUUGGAGAGAAAAUUGUAAGUGAAAGAUUGAUAAUAUUUUGACUGUAAAUAUAAAUUGACUUGUAUAACUUCCUUAAAAGGGUUGUGCAUUUGUGGACCCUGUUUGUGGUUCGCAGGAUUCUCUAGUUGAGGAGGAAAAGCAAGGGACAUCUGGUCCCAUCGGUUGUAAUGAUAUCCUAACGGCAGCUACCGAAUGUCCUGAGCACCCAGGUCAAGAGCGAGAUGCAACAGGAGGUAACACCACAACAAGUAACAAAACAAGUAACAUCAGCUUCUAGUUUUUUUUUUGAAGGGAUAAAAUUAAUGCUACUAUGUCUUGUGCAAAAAAAAUACAUUUCAGCUUCUAAUUUUUAUUUUCCACGACAAAGAUGUUCCACCAAAUUUUCUUUAAAAAUACAAAACUCAUACAUAAUGUCUACAGAGGUUGGAGGCAAGAAGAGAAAUUCUGUAGAGACCCAUAACUUACAGGGAAAGGUUUUUCACAUUUUUUAUGAGAGUAAUUUUUAUUUUGUGCUCUUGCUCCUGUGGCUCUUCCACCCCGGGCUUUGUUUUCUUAACCGCCUUAUAAGCUAUAAGUUGAGGCUGUUUACUUCCGAAUAUAGGAUCGUCAAUUGUGUACUAUACACACACACACACACACACACACACACACACAUAUCUGUGUGUGUGUACUUGGUGCCUUAUUUAUUUGCAGUCUCAAAUGCAAAAGGGAAGUUUUGGAUGUGGACAUUAUAUUAUGAGACACAUGACUACUAUUAUGUCUGCCAGUGUUGUGGAUUCGUGGAUGCAGGUAAUUAAUUAUUACUCAUGUUUCAUUAUAUUUUUGUCUUAAUUUCUUUUACUUAAUUUUUACUUAUUGGUUUAUUGUUUUAUUUAUCUUGUAGACAUUCAACGUUCAAGAUCCAUUUAGUGAACAAGACAUCAACGAGAUUUGAGAGCGUUGGGCAUUGUUUUUCUACGAAGCAACUAGCAUUUAGUAUUUAUUAUUUAGUAGAAAAUAUUGUUAGCAAAUUAGAAAGUAGUGCAAUUUUUUUGCUAACUAUUUUGAAUUUUUAUGUUGUAAAAUGAUACUAUUGUUAAAUUUUUGCUAGUAUGAUUAAUGCUAUAUAUGUUUUUUUUGUAGAUA